UUGGUUGCUAGGUAGUCAAAAAGAUGUUUAUUUGUCAACAAAUAUUUUAUUUUUUAAAAAUUCAAUUAUUUUGUAAAAUGAUGAAGUCUAAAGUGAGAUACGAAAAAUUUUUAUGUAGUAAAAAUAUGUCAUUUUUACAUUCCUAGUACAAUUAUAAUUCCUAGUACAUUACAAACCAAAUUUGGUGAAUGUUAAGGACCUUCUGUGUUAAGGAUGUUAAUGUUAAGGAUAAAAUACUUAACAUCCUUCAAAAUUGCGAGUCAUACAUUGUCAACAUUGCCAUUGUUCCCAUAAUUUAUUCGUUACAUACGUAAUUAAAAUAUGCAUAAAUACAUUUCUAUAUCCAAAUAUUCAUAUAAAGAGUUCAAAACAUUGCAACUUCCUUCAUUCUCUUAUUACUUUCUUUUAUAGAUUGUCAUUUCCGCAAAAUGAGUCCAAUUACUGAAUUUUAUGCCGGAAAAACGGUUUUAAUAACCGGCGCAACUGGAUACAUGGGUAAAGUUUUGCUGGAAAAGUUAGUGCGAAGUUUCCCGGAUAUAAAAAAAAUCUACAUUCUUAUACGUUCCAAAAAAGGAUGUACUCCUCAAGAAAGAGUUAAGCAAUUAACCAAUGGCAUCGUAUUUACAUUUCAUAACGUGAACGAAAAAGCUUACGAUAAAAUCGAGGCAAUAAGCGGCGAUUUUAUGAUGGAAAAUUUGAGUCUGUCCGAAAUCGAUAAGGAAAAGUUAAUUGAGGAGGUAUCGAUUGUAUUUCAUGUUGCCGCUUCUAUUCGUAUGAAUCUUCCGCUAAAAGAAGCCGUAAUAACUAAUACUACAUCAACCUAUCAACUAUUUAAAUUAUGCAUGCAUAUGAAAAUAUUACAAGCAUUUGUCCACGUAUCCACAUGUUUUUGUAAUGUUGAAAUUGAUUACAUGGAAGAGAAAAUUUAUCCUAUGGAUGUUGAUCCUUAUAAAAUUAUGGAUCUCGUUAAAUGGAUGGAUGAGAAAUCUUUAGUUGCUAUUACAAAAAAGUAUGUAUUUGCUUAUUUCAAAAAAUAAACUAGGUAA